AUGGACACCCGGAAUGUCUCCACGAAUAGCACGUGCAACACGCUUCCAAUGAUCGCCUCAAAUGUGGCCAUGGAAAGCUUGCGCGUCGAGCUGCAGCAGACGAAGCGUCGGAACUAUUCCUUUGCGGAGCAGAUGGGAGGUGCCAGCAGCCACUGCCCUCACGGCAACACGCGAAGGUGGGGCAACGCUCACGGGCGUGGACGGAAGUGUGUGGACUGCGGCAAGGAGCUGGAAUACAAGAGGGCUCCUGACCUCCUCCUAGGCCGCUACCUGCUGGGUAGUGGGCUGCUGCGGUGCCGCCGUCGGGUGAGCUUGUGGUACCACAUACACUACCGGUUCGUGGAAGGCAAGCCGCCCGUGCCACCGCUGCUUGCCGAGCUCCGCCAGCUACCAUGGAAGAGUGCCUUCUUUGCCUGGGCGAUCUUGGUCACCCUGGCUGUCAGCGCGCUGGUCUACCCCAAGCUCCGCGAGGCGAUAGGCCUCUCGGUGGAGGUGCAGCUGGGCUUGUGUGGCUUCGUCCGUCCUGACGCCCUUAGUGCCCAGGGCCCAGACUUCAUUGUAGUUGCGAGGCUGGCCUUUGCUCCGGCUGGGCGCCGGGCCCUGCGAAGAGUCAACCGCCGCAGCGGGUUUUGCACCAGCCUCCUGCGGGCCUUUGCUUUUUCCUUCUUCGCGCACUUCUGCGCUUCGCUGUGCGUCGCCUUAGCCGCGCAUUUGGUGAUUUUCCUGGUCGUGCUCUUCCUGGCCUGGGCAGUGGUGAGCCUGGCCCGCUGUCCCGGAAGGCGGAAAGUUCGACCACCCCCAGACCCAGCUCGCCCGGAUCGCCGCGAGAUCUACAUGUUCCUCGCGAUGACCCCCCUCCUCGGGCUUCUGAAGGUAGUUCUCUUUCUGGCCAUCUUCCUCUUUGACUGCGCCUUCCUUGACCGCUUUGGUCUGGGCUCGGGUGGCCAGGUGGGGUCGGGGCCGAGAACCGCAGUUUCAGAUCGAGGUUUGAGAAUGAGGGUUUAG